AUGAGUCUUAAAAAGAGAAAAAAGGACAAGAAUUUGGACUUAGAAGAACGAAAUAUUGAAAAGAGGGCCAAAGAAAUAUCUAUGAAAUCUUUUUUUGGGGUAAAAAACGGCCAUUGUAAGACAAUUGAGAGCAAAUUUAAUAAAGAGGCAUGGGUUAAUGGGCUCAAGGAAAAUGAGCGAGAAUUACUAAAGGUUGAGAUUGAGUUUUUGGAGGAAAGCUGGCUUAAAGUUUUGAAGGAUGAGCUUACAAAGCCGUAUUUUUUGAAGGGAAGAAAGUGGAGUCUCAAGAAUUUCUUAAAUACGGAGAAAAAAUCACAUAAGAUCUUUCCUCCAGACAAGGAUAUUUAUUCAUGGUCAUAUUAUACGCCAUUGAAUAUGGUUAAGGUUGUAAUUUUGGGACAAGAUCCUUAUCAUAACUAUAAUCAAGCACAUGGACUUUGUUUUUCAGUAAGGCCACCGACAUUGCCGCCUCCAUCUCUUAAAAAUAUAUUUAUUGCACUUCAGAACGAUUAUCCAUCUUUUAAAAUCCCGAAAACUGGGCUACUAACGCCAUGGGCUAAACAAGGUGUUCUUCUUUUAAAUUCAUCUUUAACAGUGCGUGCACAUCAAGCAGGAAGUCAUGCACAAAAGGGAUGGGAGGAAUUUACUAGUAAAGUUAUUCAAGUUGUACAAAAACAUCGAACGAAGGGGGUUGUUUUUCUUGCAUGGGGUUCACCUGCUACUAAAAGGGUUGAAAAUGUUGAUAAAAACAUUCAUCUUAUUUUAAAGAGCGUCCAUCCUAGUCCAUUGUCUGCAAGUAGAGGAUUUUUUAAUUGUGGGCAUUUUAAAAAAACAAAUGAAUGGCUUUCUCAAAAAUAUGGAGAAGAUGCUAUAAUUAAUUGGAAUUGUCUUGAUACAAACGAAACUAUUGAUUUUUCUAAAACAAAUGCCAUUGUAUCAGAAAGCUGUACUAAACCAGAAACUGCCUCCCUAAAAAUACCAUCGCAUUUUAAAAACGAAGAGAUAAAUCAGGCAACCGACAUAAUCAGUCUUUCUCAAGAAGAGUUAAUUGCAAUGGAAUCUAGUAUCACACUAGAAGAACUUGAUGGUAGUAUAUCAAGUAGUUCUGAAUCUAAUAAAGAAUAA